CGGAACUGGCUGGGCCAUCGCACGCAUAUGAAACUUGAUGGGGCAGUGGAACAAGGAGCGCCACGGAGGAGUCGACCCGACCACCAGCCCAAAGCCCGGACCGGCCUCAACUGCUGCCGAAAGCCAUGCCUUCACCCACCUUUAUCAUUGGGUAUCCCAAGACGAAAAGCGAGAAGGCUCAAUCUCGUAGCGCGGUUAGGGCGAAUGCAUCAAGGCUGCGUUGGCGUAAAGGCACCAUUUCAAGCGCUGCUGGCCCUGUGCGAACCGCUGGCGACCCUACACCACGAAUACAUCCGCCAACCACAGGCCACUGUGUCUUGCCAUAUCUGGAAGGGCACUACAGAUCCCAGUCUCUGCUCACUAAUCAUGAGGCUGCAUUGAUGCCGGUCUACCCACCUCUCUGUUGGGACGAGCAGCAGCAAGAGCCGAACGAGGACGCGGGACACGCUCAAAUGCUUCUCGCCCUGUCUUCUCCCACGCCCCUUGAUAUACUGACUCUGGCCCUGCCUGUGCCAUUACCCCGGUUAGUCCUGUUCUCAGAGCACGAGGUCAGGUUUCUCCUCAGUCAACUGUACGAGACCUUCAGCCAAGCACUGCCCGCCAACAGCUCCGGGAAGAACGAGCUUGCUGCAACAUGGGUCCGCAAGAUCAUGUCCGACUCAGGCGUUCUCUAUGCAUACACGUUUUCCCAGCUCAUGAGGAACAAGCACAGGCAUUGUUUGGACCGGAAAGCUGAACGUCAGCUACUUCAUUCCUACUCCGAAACCAUUACAUAUGUCAACACGGCUCUGUCCAACUAUUCGACGGCCUGCAACGACAGCACCCUGCUCGCCGUCUUCACUCUUGCCUACCAUUCCAUGACGCUCGACUCUCGGCCUCAGCCAAACCGGCCGCGGAGUCCGGCGCAAGGACCUCUGAACUCUCUACGCCUACUCAAUCUGUACGGCGGGCCCUUAGAAGCUGCAUCCAUGCAUAGAGAAGGGCUUUUGAAAAUGAUCGAGCUCCGCGGCGGGAUCGAGAAGUUUACAUUGCCUGGGCUAGGAGGCCUUCUUUGCUAUGCCGACCUCAUCUUUGCCAGCCGCACGGUCCAGAGGCCUCGACUCCCCUUCGCUCCUUGCCUCGGCGUCAACUUCGAGAGCGCUCUGGCGCGUGUUCGAAGAGCGGAUCAUCCCCUCGGCCGACUCGGUCGGGGGUUUUCUGCCCUGGGCCUUUUCGACGCCCCGCCGAAGUCGCGGGAUCUCCAGAUUGCCCUCAGGGGUCUGAGCCAGUAUACGCUGGCGGUGGACGACUACCUCGCAGCGCGGCCCGAGGCGCCCAGUCUCGCGAUCCUGGAAGAGCUGAGAUGCUUCGUGAUGCACGGGAUCCUGUCGCUGACCCCAGACGUGAACGAGGCGCGUCCUACCGGGGCGGAGGUGCUCUACACUUGCCAGCUGGCCGCGCUCACGUACGGCAUGCUCUGCGUCUUCCCGCUGCCCGCUGCGCCGUUCGAGCUGCUGGCCAGCCGCAUCAGGCUGUGCCUGUCGCGCUGCGACUUCGGCAGGGCGUGGUCCGAGGCGCCGGAUCUCGUGCUCUGGACCGCCUUCAUCGGCGGUGUUGCCGCCCAGGGCCUGGACAACGGUACCCGCUCCUGGUACGUGCGCCUCGUCGACCGCUGCCGGCGGAUGUUGCGGAUUGAUUCCUGGACCGCCCUCAGGGACGACGUCUUGCUCGAGUUCCUGUGGCUGCCUGCCACCAACGACGCCGACGGGGUCGAGCUGUGGGAUGAAGUCGAGGCCUCAAGCGCUUUCGCACUGGGUACAAGUGUGUGAGAAGUACUUUGCUACAGAAGUUACGGGCGCUAAAUCUGGAGCUUCCCCUUUCCCACCAUCUCGCGCUGGUCACGCAGCCCCAAAGCGAAAACAUAACACACCCAAUGACUGUUCUUCUGGGAGAACGCCCACUCAUGUGUUCCAGCAAGGUAGCGGACCAGAUACCGUGAACAUGCGAGUUCGGGGCUCAUGCCCACCCCUUUUGAAAGUCGCCGGAGCCACCGCCAUAGAUCACGACAU